CGCGACAAGGACCUCACAACGAUAUCACUUGAAGAAGGUGAAUACAUGAACGGUAACGGUCACUUCGCUGCUCCAUCUUCACCGCUUCCCCCGUCCCUGCCUUACUCUCGCCGAUGGCUUGGAUCAAUCCGCAGGAUCACUUCUCUCUGGGGCGCAAGGCCUUCCCAGCCGAACACGCACUCACGCAAAUCGUACUUGCGGGGGGUACAAUCAUCUCCCAGUCGCAUCUCUCCCACACGGUCCCUGUCAUACCCCACAUAUCAUGAUGUCAACAACUUUGCACCGAAGCCAACCUCGGCAUCGGCAUCGCCAACGAUUGGGGCUUAUGACGACAACACCACUUCGAAGACCAAUGGCGAGGCUGGGGGGGGCUCGUCCUUGUCGAUCUACUCGCGGUCGAGGAACUCCUCGACUAUCAGCCUGUCGACGCUCGUUCCUCGCCAACCGAUAUCUCGGACCAGCAGCGCACUACAUGUUCCCUCUGACAUCUUGUUUCAUGACGAAUGAACGGUUCGAUGGAUCCCCAUCCGCACGAUAUUAACGUUUCCACCCUGUCUUUGCGCCAUCUCCCCUCUGCACACUUGUAGACCCGUGACCCGUCGACACUUAUGUAUCUCCCUGCUGAACUUGUCGGAUACCCUAAGAUUUAUUGAUAUGUUCUAUGCUUAGAUUGGUUGCCACGGAUAUUGUCUUGUGUAUAUUUAGAUACUUACUUCUCCACACUACUAAAAGAGUGCGAGGGUCCUUGACCCAUGCGCAUUGACUG